AUGGAGCCCACAUGGAGCCCACAUGGAGCCCACAUCAUGGAGCCCACAUGGAGCCCACAUCAUGGAGCCCACAUGGAGCCCACAUGGAGCCCACAUCAUGGAGCCCACAUCAUGGAGCCCACAUGGAGCCCACAUCAUGGAGCCCACAUCAUGGAGCCCACAUCAUGGAGCCCACAUCAUGGAGCCCACAUCAUGGAGCCCACAUCAUGGAGCCCACAUCAUGGAGCCCACAUCAUGGAGCCCACAUCAUGGAGCCCACAUCAUGGAGCCCACAUCAUGGAGCCCACAUGGAGCCCACAUCAUGGAGCCCACAUCAUGGAGCCCACAUCAUGGAGCCCACAUGGAGCCCACAUCAUGGAGCCCACAUCAUGGAGCCCACAUCAUGGAGCCCACAUCAUGGAGCCCACAUCAUGGAGCCCACAUCAUGGAGCCCACAUCAUGGAGCCCACAUCAUGGAGCCCACAUCAUGGAGCCCACAUCAUGGAGCCCACAUCAUGGAGCCCACAUCAUGGAGCCCACAUCAUGGAGCCCACAUCAUGGAGCCCACAUGGAGCCCACAUCAUGGAGCCCACAUCAUGGAGCCCACAUCAUGGAGCCCACAUCAUGGAGCCCACAUCAUGGAGCCCACAUCAUGGAGCCCACAUCAUGGAGCCCACAUGGAGCCCACAUCAUGGAGCCCACAUCAUGGAGCCCACAUCAUGGAGCCCACAUCAUGGAGCCCACAUCAUGGAGCCCACAUCAUGGAGCCCACAUCAUGGAGCCCACAUCAUGGAGCCCACAUCAUGGAGCCCACAUGGAGCCCACAUCAUGGAGCCCACAUCAUGGAGCCCACAUCAUGGAGCCCACAUCAUGGAGCCCACAUCAUGGAGCCCACAUGGAGCCCACAUGGAGGGGAGCCCGAGCGGGUUAUCAGGAUGCUAA